AAAAAACAAAUUAUCAAUUUGAUCAUUUUGCUGUGGUUAAGGCAAAUACUUCCUAUUUUCCUCUUCUGAAAUAGCAUACAGACAAAUGCAUGUUGUUUGAGUUCUAUUCAUUUGAGUAUUGUUUGCUGAUACUCUACACAAAUGAACUGUAUUGUUUUUUUUCUAUGAUGUCUCCUUGAUGUUGUUUAAAUGUAUGGUUGUGUUAGGGGCUUACUAAUAAAUGUCUAUGUGUGUUUCUUUGCAGAGAUCACUGUUUUACUGUAUGGAAAUAAUGAAGGGUAUUUUUCUUCUGGUAAUGUUGGCUGUUUGUCAGACAGACCAAGCUCCAGAGUCAGGCAACGAUGACAAUAGUGUAUUUGAUCUCUUUGAGUUGACUGGGUUUACCCGUAAAGCUGGCUCCCGCAAGCCUGAAGGAGUUCAUCUAGUUAAGGGUCCUGAUCCAUCUAGCCCAGCCUAUAGAAUUGAAAAUGCAGAUAAGAUCCCACCAGUUCCAGAAGAUAAAUUUCAGGAUUUGGUUGAUGCUGUCCAUGCUGAGCGAGGUUUUAUUUUGCUGGCUACUUUGCGCCAAGUAAAAAAGACUCGAGGCACACUUCUGUCAAUAGAAAGGAAGGAUGGAUCUGGGCAUAUAUUCAGUCUUGUGUCCAAUGGCCGUGCUGGGACUCUUGACUUGAGUCUGAGUGGUGAAGGCACACAACAAGUGGUUUCAGUUGAAGAAGCUCUACUCGCCACUGGUCACUGGAAGAACAUCACACUUUUUGUACAAGAAGAUCGGGCUCAGCUCUAUGUAGGAUGUGAUAAGAUGGAAAAUGCUGAACUGGAUGUCCCAAUCCACAAUAUUUUCAGUGGAGAUCUGGCAAGCACUGCUCAACUUAGAGUAGCAAAAGGAGGUGUGAAAGACAACUUUCAGGGAGUUCUACAGAACCUGCGCUUUGUGUUUGGAACGACAUUAGAGGCUAUUCUUAGAAACAAAGGCUGCUCCAGCUUGUCAAACUCAGUAAUCACUUUGGACAACCCAGUCAAUGGCUCAAGUCCAGCAAUCCGCACCAAUUACAUUGGACAUAAAACAAAAGACCUUCAUGCUGUUUGCGGUAUUUCAUGUGACGAUCUUUCCAGUAUGUUUCUGGAAUUAAAGGGUCUACGGACAGUUAUCACAACUCUUCAGGACAAGGUCCGCAAAGUGACUGAAGAAAAUGAGCUUAUUGCUAAAGUGGCUCAGCUCACACCUGGUGUAUGUAUUCAUAAUGGCGUCAUGUAUAAAAACAGAGAAGAGUGGACCAUUGACAGCUGCACUGAAUGCACAUGUCAGAACUCCGCAACCAUUUGUGUUAAGGUCUCAUGUCCUCUAGUCCCCUGCACCAAUGCCACAAUUCCAGAUGGAGAAUGCUGCCCUAGAUGUUGGCCAAGCGACUCUGCUGAUGAUGGUUGGUCUCCAUGGUCUGAAUGGACACCUUGCUCUGUGACAUGCGGUCACGGCGUCCAGCAAAGAGGUCGAUCCUGUGACAGCCUUAACAACAGAUGUGAAGGAUCAUCUGUUCAGACAAGGUCUUGUCACAUCCAGGAGUGCGAUAAGAGAUUUAAGCAAGAUGGUGGAUGGAGCCAUUGGUCUCCUUGGUCAUCUUGUUCAGUUACUUGUGGAGUUGGUCAGAUCACAAGGAUCCGUCUUUGCAACUCACCUGUCCCUCAGCUAAAUGGAAAACAAUGUGAAGGAAAUGGACGGGAAAACCAGCCCUGCCAGAAAGACCCUUGCCCAAUUAAUGGUCAGUGGGGACCUUGGUCACUAUGGGGCACGUGCAGUUUGACUUGCGGAGGUGGCGUUCAGAAACGGGAACGUCUUUGUAACAACCCUGAGCCCCAGCAUGGUGGCAAAGAAUGUUUAGGAGAUGCUGCUGAUAGUCAGAUGUGCAACAAGCAGGACUGCCCAAUAGAUGGGUGUCUUUCUAAUCCUUGCUUUGCUGGAGUUCAAUGCACAAGCUUCCCUGAUGGAUCCUGGAUUUGUGGUGUCUGCCCCACAGGCUACAGAGGAAAUGGAACUCACUGUACAGAUAUAGAUGAGUGUAAAGAAGUACCCGAUGCAUGCUUUACGCUUAACGGAGUGCACAGAUGUGAGAACACAGAACCAGGAUACAACUGUCUCCCCUGUCCCCCACGCUACACAGGAACGCAGCCUUUUGGAAAGAGUAUUGAAGAUGCUACAGCAAACAAACAGGUUUGCAAACCACGUAACCCAUGCACGGAUGGAACACACAACUGCAACAAGAAUGCAAGAUGUAUCUACUUAGGCCACUACACCGAUCCAAUGUUCCGCUGUGAGUGCAGACCAGGAUAUGCUGGAAAUGGCAUAAUCUGUGGAGAAGACACAGAUUUGGAUGGAUGGCCAAAUGAAAACCUCAUAUGUGUUGAUAAUGCUACUUACCACUGCAAUAAGGAUAAUUGCCCAAACCUUCCCAACUCUGGCCAGGAAGAUUAUGAUAAGGAUGGAAUUGGAGAUGCGUGCGAUAAUGAUGAUGAUAAUGAUGGAAUUCCAGAUGAUCGGGACAACUGUCAACUGAUAUACAAUCCUGCCCAGUAUGACUAUGACCGUGAUGACGUGGGAGAUCGUUGUGAUAAUUGCCCAUACAACCACAACCCAGACCAAGCUGACACAGAUAAAAAUGGAGAAGGAGAUGCCUGUGCUGUGGAUAUCGAUGGAGAUGGUAUCCUCAAUGAGAAAGACAACUGUCCCUAUGUGUAUAAUGUAGACCAGAGGGACACUGAUAAGGAUGGAGUUGGAGAUCAAUGUGACAACUGUCCAAUGGAGCACAAUCCAGAGCAGACUGACUCUGAUUCAGAUCUUAUUGGGGAUAAAUGUGACAGCAACCAGGACAUUGAUGAAGAUGGGCAUCAGAACAACCUGGACAACUGCCCAUAUGUCCCCAAUGCUAACCAGGCAGAUCAUGAUAAGGAUGGCAAGGGGGAUGCCUGUGACCAUGAUGAUGACAAUGAUGGAGUCCCCGACGACAAAGAUAAUUGUAGGCUAGUUCCUAACCCCGAUCAGCAAGAUACUAAUGGUGAUGGGCGUGGAGAUGCUUGCCAGACAGACUUUGAUGAUGAUAAAAUACCCGACUCUGAGGAUGCUUGCCCAGAAAAUGUGGGCAUUAGCACAACCGAUUUCCGUAAAUUCCAAAUGGUGCCUCUGGAUCCUAAAGGAACAUCACAAAUUGAUCCUAACUGGGUUGUCAGACACCAGGGCAAAGAGCUGGUACAGACUGUUAACUGUGACCCUGGACUUGCUAUUGGUUUUGAUCAGUUCAGUGCGGUGGAUUUCAGCGGCACAUUUUUCAUCAACACUGACAGAGAUGAUGACUAUGCUGGAUUUGUAUUUGGAUAUCAAUCAAGCAGCCGAUUUUAUGUGGUUAUGUGGAAGCAAGUAACUCAGACCUACUGGGACACGACACCUACUAAGGCUCAAGGAUAUUCUGGUCUUUCUAUCAAGGUUGUAAAUUCUACCACCGGACCUGGCGAACAUCUGCGCAAUGCUCUCUGGCACACAGGAAAUACUCCGGGACAGGUUCGUACAUUGUGGCAUGACCCACGUCAUAUAGGAUGGAAAGAUUUCACAGCUUACAGAUGGCACUUGACUCACAGACCAAAGACUGGCUUUAUUCGUGUGGUUAUGCAUGAAGGCAAAAAGGUCAUGGCUGACUCUGGACCAAUCUAUGAUAAAACAUAUGCUGGUGGAAGACUAGGCUUGUUUGUGUUCUCACAAGAGAUGGUGUUCUUUUCUGAUCUCAAGUAUGAGUGUAGAGACUCAUAAAUCUGGAUGCAUUUCAUUCAAUGAAUGUUAAGGAAACCUCAUAGCACCUUCAGAAAUGUUAGAUAUUUACUAUCACACAUACCAUUUCUACCUUUUUUUUGGGGGGGGGGACUUGAUCAACAAAAGUAUUUACAAAAAAAUUGCAAAAAGAUGUUUCUUGGGGUCAAACCUCGUGCUGGUUGGAGACCACCCGCAUGUAUAGUAACUGGAUACUCUUUCAUCUACUAGUAAAGAGCUUUUAUUAGAAAGCCAUAGGAAAAAUUAUGACUGUUAAUGAUAGCUUAGAAAACCAACAACUACAUAAAUGUAACUUCUUGGAACUCUUAGAUUUGUCAAUCAAGUGCAUAUAUUGAUCUCAUGUGUCAGGACAUCCAUCUCUACUAGUUUCCAAUGAAUUACCUAAAUGAUUUAUUUGGAACUGCUGUUUUUUUGUGAAAGAGAAAAUAUGCAAAAAUAUUUUAAGGAAAAUGUCCAUGCUAUUGGAAUUAUCAGUGUAUAACUAAGUAGCAUACAUAUGUAGCUAGAGCUGUCUUCAAAUUGAUGUAUCUGUGUGGAAUCCAGAUGCGGAGAACUGUUCUAGAUAACUGCCUAAAUUAAAUUGUUUUGUUUGUGAAAUAUGUGUGCAUGUAUGUGUGUGUGCAUAAUAGAAAGGUAACCUGUAUAUUUAACUGAGUUCGUAUGGAUGCAAAAUGCACUUGUUGCAGUUUUUGGCAAAAAUCUAUUUGCUCGAUAUAAUAAAGUAGUAAGAUCGACAAGGAUAUUAGCACUUGCAUACACAUAUAAAGAAUGGAACUUUUUACUUGUUAUUGGGGAAUAGACCUAGAAGUCCGAAAUAUUUCACUAGUCUGGUGACAAUAAUUUCAUAGCAGAAACUGAAAAAAAAAGUAAACAUUUUUUUUUUUCUAGUUCAACUAUACAUGAGACUGAAUAAUGUAAUCAUUCCACUGUGUGGUUUAGAAAGGCUGUACUUACAGGCAAUUACAAUCCAAGCUCAGAGCUCUUUUCUUUCUGAAGGCGAGACGGCUAAGCUAUGUUGAUCUUUGUAAGAACCAGAGGGAGAGCAAGGCAAGAGGGGUGGAGAGCUUAGAUACAGCUGUCUGCCUUUUGCUAAGCAUUUAAAUCUAAACCAUAUGUCCAUGUAAAACAAUUUUACAACCUACUUAAAUUUGUAUCAGGUAAAUAGUUCCUUUCUGCAAAGAAUUAUUACGUAAGGAAAUGCAAAGUUAAAACUUCACACACAAAUAUUACCUCAUUGAGUGAUUGAGUAAUAGAAAAUGUCUUUGAAGCAAGAGGAAAAAAAAUUGGAUACAUAUUUAACAAGCUUUUCAAGUCUACUGUAGUAUUAUUCGGUUCUGUAUAUAGUUACAAUGUGUAUCCCCAGGAAAGUAUUUUAAACUUUUUUUUUUUUAUAAAAAUGAUAUUGAUAUAUUUUCUAUAUUUUAGCAAUUUCAUUGCUUUUUUUUGUAUAAAUGAUUUUUUUAAAAUUGGUAUUGCAGUUUAGCAUACUGGGUACUGUUUGUAGAUAUGCUAUUUAAAUAAUUUAUCAGGAAUCUUCCUGUAGAAACUUUGCUCCUGUUUGUAUAAACUGUUUUGCACUUGAAAGAGCUUUGCAAUACCUUCUACAGAUGUCGGAUUUAUUCACAUGUACCUUUUUGUUUUUAGAAAAAGAAAGAGAAAAUGCUUUUUGUACACAUUUUAAUGUUAGUUUUGACUUUUUUUAAAAAUAAAAUAAACCAAUAAUGUAAAUUGUACAGCAAAAUGCUGUUGCACAUGAAACAUUAAAUAAAAUAUAAAAUUGAUAUAUUCAAA